ACUGUCAAAACACAGGAAGAGGAAGUUCUAACUUACAUUAUAAUUAAGCUGCAUUCAGUCUGAUGCUCAGACAGUCAGCAGCAAGACAGCAUGGAGGUCACAGCUCUCUGCUUCAGACUGUUGAUGCUUGAAAUCAUUCAGCAAGUUCAGGAAAGUGAUGCAGCUUUUCUUCGUAUCACUCCAGACAGACUGCAGCACUUUAAACACGACUCAGUUUCUCUUGACUGUGUUGGGUUUGAUAACUCAACUCAGUUGAGAGGAAUCAGGAAUAAUGAGGAAUUUACUCCUGUAUGUGCUAUUAAUAAGAGGACGCCAACAGAGUCCGUCUGCACCCUUGAUAGAGCCUAUCCUGAAGAAAGCGGAGAAUACUGGUGUGAGACUGAUGGAGGAGAGAGAAGCAACAGUGUCAACAUCACUGUCACUGCUGGUUCUGUGAUCCUGGAGAGUCCCGUCCUUCCUGUGAUGGAGGGAGACGAUGUGACUCUGCGCUGCAGAAACAAGACAAACUCCACCAACCUCCGAGCUGAUUUCUACAAAGAUGGCGUCCUCAUGAAGAGCACUGCAGCAGCAGAGAUGACCAUUAACAGUGUCUCCAUGUCUGAUGAAGGACUCUACAAGUGCACCUCUGAUGUCGGAACAUCACCAGAGAGCUGGUUGGCUGUCAGAGCAAAGAGUGUUUCUGUCACCUCUCAAACACCUCAUGAAGGGAACCAUACUGUCCUCCAUCGCUCCUCCAUCCCCACCCGCCUCCACCUGUGGGUUGCUGUUAUCAUCGUAACGAUGUCCCUGGUGCUGCUGGUGGUGGGAUUUCUUUGUAUUGGGAGACGCAAAGGUACAGCAGUGUUCUGCUUUUCCUCAAAGACAUCAUCAGGCUCAAGUGAGCACAAUCAAAUAGUCUUUGGAGACGACACUGCAGAUGAUCGAAGCAGUGUAACGUAUGCAGUCGUGACCAUUAAACAGAGACAAGACAAAGCUUCAGACACUGCAGGUGCUGCUGAUAGUCUGAGCCGGGACACAAACCACAGAAGAAAACCACAGACACAAAAAGAUGAAGAUGAAUCAUCACGUCAACCUGUUUACUCUGCCUUGAAGUUAGAUAAGACUCCACAAGCUCUCCAAACUGGUCUGUAUGUUUGCAAAAUCUUUAAAAUCCCCAAAUUCAUUUAUUUUAGCACAACUACAGACAUUUCAACAUUAUGUCUUCAUUUGAUACGUCCCAUAUGUGACUACAAAGGUCCACAUAUACACUUCCUUUGUGGGUUAUUUGACUCUAAAGUGACUCUAACUGUCAAUUAUGACAGUAAUGAUCAUUUACAGUUAAUCCAAAAUGUUUUCAGUAUUAUAAAAGACAUUUUAAAACCAAGGACAUAUUGUACUAAAUAAGGACUUUGAGAGCAUUAACUCUGUCAGGGCAACUUUUAAAGAAUUUGUUUUGCCUUGUUUUGCCAUAUUGAUUUGCAACACACAUUCAUAUUUCAUAUUUCCAUACUAACAGUUUCGUCUCACACUGUUGUGUGACAGCACAAGACAAGUCACACUUAACAAACUGUGCACAGGGUUUCUACUUGUAUUUUGGUUAACGUGAUUAUGAGGUGAUGCUGUUCAAGGCCCGUCUCACAGUGUUUUGCGAGCUCUGCUUACACGUAGAUCACACAUUUGUCACUAAUGUUCGCACCUUGCAAAUAGCAGAGAAAUGUUUGAGUCCUGUGUUCUUCUCACAUGCACAUGGUUGCAAGUUUGGUGCUUCUUUUGAUAAGUUAAGAGAAGAAAUUAUCUCAGCUUGCAUGUGUUAAAUCUAUAGAGUGAAACCAGCCCAAGAUUGUCAAGAGAAAAACACAAAUUAUACCUUGAAGCCAAAACAAGAUUGUAUGAGUACAAUGAAACAGAUGCUGACAUGAUAUUUGCUUAGAAAAGGUUAGAAAAACAAAUGUUACUGACUCUGCCAGAAUUCCCAAAAGGCUUCAAAGUUUUAGUGCAUCUAAUAACAUGAAAGUGCUGGAUAGAACAAAUAAAUAGAGAAAAAAAGAUUUUGACAUGAAGAUAUUUGUCUAGAGGAAAGGUCAAGAUGAUUGAAUCAUAAAAGAUGACUGUGGUAAUCAUGAUUCAGUUCAGAUAAUGUGUCUUAUCAUGUUCUUUUCCAACA